GGGUGACAUGAAUGGAUGGGCUGGACACACCUUUCAGCCUUCUAGAAAAAAAAAAAAAAAAAGUCUGGAUCUGCACAGAGGGCGGGAGGGACUCCCCCGGCGCCCCCAGAGCCAACGCCGCGGGCAGGGGAAACGCACAGCUCCCCCCUCCCACACUCACUCCUCCCCUCCUUUAAAAAAACGCCCAGCCCAGAAAAUAAUAUCUUUCCCAGCCCGCCGGCGUCCGCGGUGCUCUCGCCUCCUUUCCCGGCUGAGCGCGCUCCAGCGUUGCGGGAGGCGGCGCGCGGGGCGCGGGUCCGGAAGCGGGCGCGCAGCGGUCCGGGGCGCCGCACCAUGCUCCCCAGCGCCGUGGCGGCCCAUGCCGGCGCCUACUGGGACGUGGUGGCUUCCUCCGCGCUGCUGAACUUCCCCGCCGCGCCGGGCUUCGGCAACCUGGGCAAGAGUUUCCUGAUCGAGAACUUGCUGCGGGCUGGGAGCGCCCCGCCGCACAGGCUACCACCGCCCCCGCCCCACGGCCCGGCAGCAGCUCUCGCCGCGGGCGCUCAGGUCCGGCCCCUGCCCGCCAGCCCGGUUCCGCUCAAGCUGUGCCCCGCGGCAGAACCAGUCAGCCCCAGCGGGGCGCCCUACGGCACGCGGUGGGCGUUUCAAGUGCUCAGCCCCUCGGCGGACGGCGCCAGGCUGUCGGGCCGGGUUCCGGGGGACCGAGACUGUGCCUUCCAGCCAUCAACCCCAGCGCCUUCCAAGCCUUUUUUUCUGAGCGCCCCACCAUUCUACUCGUCGUGCUGUGGUGGGUCCUGUCGGCGCCCUGCCUCCCCCACUGCUUUUCCAAGAGAAGAGAGUGUGCUUCCUCUUCUGACACAGGAAUCUAAUUCCAAAGCUCGGAGGGGUAUUUUAAGAAGAGCUGUCUUUUCUGAGGACCAGAGAAAGGCUCUGGAGAAAAUGUUUCAGAAGCAGAAAUAUAUCAGCAAAACAGACCGAAAGAAACUUGCCGUCAACUUGGGACUAAAGGAAUCACAGGUGAAAAUCUGGUUUCAGAACAGAAGGAUGAAAUGGCGGAAUUCCAAAGAAAAGGAAGUGCUUUCCAACAGAUGCAUCCAAGAAGUAGUCCUUCAAGAGGACCCCCUCUCACGAUCUGCUCUGGGUUUCCCUUCUCCAUGUCCUUCACUCUGGGAAAUCUCCCAACAGCACUCGAGUCCAAGAUGGAGGGAGAAUUCACCAGUACCUUCAGAGAGACUAAUCCUGGAGAGUCCAGGGGCAUUGGCCCCAGAAGCAAAGUCACUGCAAGGUGCCUUGUAUUUGUGUUCUGAAGAGGAUGCCAGAGACAAGGGUGUACUUACUGGCUCAGUGUGAAUGGAAGCAUUCUGCCACGUUAACGUAAAGAACAGUUAACUAUUAAUGUUUGGACUCUUAAGCCUGCUAGCUUGUGUCUCAUCAGUGCCUAAAACCUAACACCUUUGGAGUGAAGCAUGGACUAAUGUUUUAGGAAACCCUCUCCAGUGUUCUCUUAUUUGGGUCCUAGACUCAGACUUAAUUUGUAAGUGGAACAGAAUCUCCCAGAAAGUACGAUGGAACUGAAAAGAACGAGAAUAAUGGUCAGCUCAGUCCUUGCUCUGAAUAUGUGUAUAUAUGCGUGUGUCUCUAUGUGUAUAUAUAUAAAUAUUCAUCAAAAUACAUUAGUAGAAA